UGUUGCCACACGUUUUGCAGAAAGAGAAACUCUGGUGUUCAGACUGGAACUGCGCAGCUUCAGCACUGAAAGAGAGAAAGAUGGGAAAGGGUCAGUCGAAAUCUGUUGAAUCUGCUUCAACUCCAAAUGAACCUUGGAGAACACUGACAUGGAGUGAAAAAACAGAGAUAUUUAAAGAAUUGGAAGAUUUUAAGCCACACUCAGAAUCAAAUUCCAUCAUUAGAAUUCUGCUUUAUGGACCAAUUGGGGCAGGAAAGUCCUGCUUCAUAAACUCUGUCCAGAGGGUCCUCUUAGGCCGUAAUUCUGCUGGUGCCCUAGAGCAAGGAGCGCAGAUGGGAAAAAGCUUCACUAAUACAAUCAGAACGCACAAGCUGAAGAGGCGUGGAGGUGGACGCUAUCCCAUUGCUCUCACCGACAUCACAGGACUUCAUGCAGAAGAUGGACGAGGGAUUCAGUGUGAAGACAUCAUCAAAGUUUUAGAAGGACAUAUAGCAGAUGGCUAUACUUUUAAUCCCGAGCAGACAAUAACCGAAAACCAUCAACAUUACAACCAAAAUCCUGAACUGCAGGAUAAAGUUCACUGUCUGGUGACCAUCAUUCCUGCUGAUGCUGUCUCCAGAAUCGACAGCAAAGUUAUUGAGAAAAUGAAGACAGUUCGACAGAAAGCCAGGGAUCUGAACAUACCUCAAGUCAUUGUAUUAACAAAAGUGGAUCAGGCAUGUCUGAUGGUCAACAAAAACUUGAGAAUGAUCUACCACAGCAGAAAGAUCAAAGAGAAGGUCGAUGAGAGCUAUAAUAAACUGGGCAUCCCCUUGAACAAAAUCUACCCAGUGAAGAACUACCAUGCAGAAAUAACCCAGAAUGAAGAUAAUGAUGUUCUCAUCCUCAUGGCACUGAGAGAUAUUGUCAACUUUGCCAACGAUUUCCUGGAGGAUCUGGAGGAUCGAGAGGGAUUGAGCGUGGACUACUAAAUCACAAAAUCAUACAGUGAUACAAGGGUUCACAUUUACCUUACAUCAGCUUACUGGCAACAUGUCACAAUCCUUAAUUAUUCAUAUUAUUUAGUUAUGCUAGGAAUUCUUGUUGAUAAACAACAUUUUUAUAGAUUAUUAUGUUAAAAUCAGCAUUUUCUUUAACUAGCAGUCUGUCUUAGCCAAUCCUCAUUUACAAUAUACUCAUUUAAAAGUUUGAUCAAUCUGACCACAGAAUUUUCAUUUAAAAAGUUUUCUUAGUUAAUUUUAAAAGGGUUUUGGCUCAUUUGUUUCAGGAUGGUGUUGAUAUAUGGCUUCUUCCUUGCUUAAUACAGCUUUAACUUGCAUUUGUGAAUAGCACUGAUUGAACUCUGUGCACAAACAGUGACUUCUGGAUGUGUUCUUGAGCCCAUGCAGUGAUUUUUCAGUACAAAAUCAUGCCCUAGUUUUAAUGCAAGUGCAACCUGAGGGCCUGAAGAUUACCAGCAUUCAGUAUUAACCAUCACUUGUCCCCUGCACAUAGGGAUCUAUCCAGAUUUGUUGAAUGUUUUGAUUAUAUUUUAUACUGUAGAUGGUGGUACAGUACCAGUCAAAAGUUUGGACACCUUCUUACUUCUCAUUUAAUUUGUGCAUUUAUUUUCUUCUUUUCCUACAUUGUAAAUGAAUACUGAAGUCAUCCAGACUAUGAGGGAGCACAUACGAAAUCAUGUAGUAAAUUAAAAGUGUUAAACAAACCAAAAUACAGCUGUUUUUUAUUAGUACACCAUCCUAAUGUGUUGCUGACUUUAAGUUCUAAGUGGGUUAUUGCUUUUCAUGAAAUAAAAAAAAAGGUUUCAGCAUCUCACAUGUGUUCUGUGUUCUAUUGAGAAUAAA